AUGAACCUCCCCAAAUGGAUUCUUCCAACACUCCUGCACUUCUUGUCGCUCUCCCGUUUGGCCUCAGCCACAGGGGACGACAAAGCACCGGCUGUUACAGCGUCAGCUGGUCCAAGCUUCAUGUUUGGUUUCGCCCUGUCGGAAAACCCCACUUCGCCCACAGUAACUCCACACCAGCUUCAGCCUUCUCUCAGCCUAGACUUGAACUUCGUACUUCAAGUUGCAGAUUACGAAUUGAAGAUACCCAUCAUGCCUUUACAUCUUUUAGGGAAGAAGUCCUGGAACGUUUACAACACUGCGAACAUCGAAGUCGUAAAGCGGGAUGAAGCUAUUGCGGCCGCAGAAGAAGCCGCUUCGGAGCAGCGCAUGCAGGAGCUGGACUCUUUGCGGCGUAUGCAGAUUCUUCGAGGCGAAGAACCUACACCUUUGCCCAUAGAAGAUUCUCCGAAGUUGGAUAGCAGUAAACAUCCGCGCGAGCGUGGCGAGGGGACUGGCAGGGAAAGAAAGAAACGAAAAAGGGCUGGCGAAAAUGAUACGGACUUUGAGAUGCGUAUUGCACAUGAUAUGACCAAUACCGAGAACAGAGAAAGACAACUUGUUUUGAGAAAGGAUACCGAUGCUCCACUUGUGAACCGCAGAGGACAUAUUGAUCUUUUCCCUCAACCAAAGCCAUCUUCACAUAAGACGGUUCAGAAGAACGAGGAAGCAGAAAGGGAGCUUGCGAAAAAGAAGAAAGAAUACGAAGACCAAUAUACCCUCAAAUUUUUCAACGCCGCAGGAUUUAAAUCUUCGUUGGGGUCGGACCCUUGGUACAAGAAAACAAACUCUACAGACGUGGGAGAAGAAAUGCCAGGAAAAGACGUAUGGGGGAACGAAGAUCCUCGAAGAAAAGAAAGGGAAGCUAAGAGGAUUGUAAGUAAUGACCCGCUGGCCAUGAUGAAAGCUGGAGCCCGGCAGGUAAGACAGGUAGAACAAGAAAGGAAACAGUGGAGGGAAGAGAAGGAUCGAGAAAUGAGAGCGCUCGAGGAACAGGAAAGAGAACGCAGACAUAGGAAAAGGAAAAGAAGAGAAGCUGAUUCCGAGGAUGACCUUGAGGGAUUCAGCCUUGAUAACCAUGGAGGGAGCUCGUCCAAGAAGCACCGAAGUGGUGACCAUCGGGAAAGAAGGCAUAGACACUCGUCUUCUUCGCGACGGCAUUCUCAUAGAGAUGAUGAUAGGACACAUCGACAUAAAAGUCGGCGGUAUAGUCAUGAAUAA